AUGCACAGUAACGUAUUCGUUGGUGUUAAGUUUAAUAAUAGUAAUGAACAAAAUCAGAUAUUGGAAAAUGAUAACGGUAUCAGUACUGCCAAGAAAAAUGGCUCAUUGAGUAGUAGUAGCAGCACUACUACUACAACCACUAAUGGUAAAAAUCGAUUACCUAAUAAUUAUGAUUACGUUUUACUGCCAAUAACGAAUUCAAGGUACAGAGAGAACGUGAGGCGACAGUUUAAUUUAUUCGAGAAAGAGUCGAAAUCUGUGGACCAUAGCGUUUUGCAGAUCUCGGAGCCGCAAUUGCAAGAUCUGUGUAUCCCACCGUUCAAUGCUACGCAUGCUAACAAUAGUAACAGUAAUAAUGAUUCGCCGGCUUAUAUUGGACUAUUAUCAUCGUGGUUAGAAUUAGAGUCACCAAAGGUCUCGAUAAGGGAAAUGGCAUUUCAAGUUUUACUUAACGAAUGCAAAUAUGCAAGAUUUGUUGGUAUCAACAAAUUGAUAGUUGCACCCCCACGUGAUCUCUCUGAAUUACAAAGGUAUUCGCAAGUCAUAGCCAAACUGUUAAAUCAUAAGGUAGUUUCAGGCUCUUCUCCACUUCUACUGUCAAUUUCUUUACCGUUGUAUGAAGACAGCGAUCCGUUAGCUACGUGGGAACUUUGGAAUACAAUAAGGAAGUUGUGUGAUUAUCAUCGUUCACUGAGUGUUUCGCUAGCCGUGCCAAGGAUUAAGACACCAUCUCACGUUUUAAAUAGAUGGCUAUGUGAGCCAGUGUCGUGUCUGUUAAUAUCAUCGUCAAUUUUUGCGACCAAUAAAUAUCAAUACCCGGUAUUGCAUAAAUUUAAUCAAAAUUUGAUCCAAAAAUUUCAAAGAUUAAAUGGUAAUUCACAUGCAAAUAUGAACGGUGAGCUUUGUAUCAUUUUACAUGGUAUGGAAAAAUAUUCCGGUGCCGUAAAAGGUGGCGAAAGUGCAUAUUUGGAGUAUAUCAAUUAUUUGUUGAAGAAAGGUGAUAAACUGUUUGUCCUGAGAAAUAACGACAAUCAAGAGGGUUCAAAGAGAAAUAAUCCGUCAAUCGUAUAUAACCAACCGACGUUAGAUUUAUGCUCACCAAGAUUGAUGCCGCCUUUAAAACCUCACUCGGAAUCAUUGUCAAAUCAAGUUUAUUCAGUUUUUGAAAAAGACACUGUGAAGUAUGAUUCUUAUCAUGCUGCUAUUCAAGAAGCAUUGAAAGAUCUGCUGACAACCCAUCGCUUUGAUCAAGAUUCACCAUUGAUUAUUCUCGUGGCUGGUGCCGGUAGAGGACCACUGGUGGAUAGGACUGUACAAGUUGUUAAGAAUUUUAACAUUUGGAAUCAAGUUCAAUUAAUUGCGCUUGAAAAGAAUGCGCAGGCAUGCUUAUAUUUACAAAAGAGAAAUUACGAUUUUUGGGACAACCGAGUUAAGAUUGUCAAACAAGAUAUGUUACAUUGGGAAGAUAGUUCAUUGAAAGUUGAUCUUUGUAUAAGUGAACUAUUAGGAUCCUUUGGCUGUAACGAAUUAGCGCCAGAAUGCCUUUGGGAAAUUGAAAAAAAUCAUUCCAAACCUUCCACGAUUUUUAUACCACAAUCUUAUGCCUCCUACGUGGCCCCCAUAUCAUCGCCAUUAAUUUUACAGAAUUUGUCUGAGGUAUCGAAUGCGCAGGAAUCGCCUUGGAUAAUGCAUAAUGUUCCCUACUGUAUUCUUUCGUCGAGAGUUAAUGAAAUAUGGUCAUUUGAGCAUCCGUUAAGAAAUAGUCAUUCGGAUACAGAUUUUUUCUCCAAGAGUUCACUAAGUGAGUUUAAAGUAAAGCAUAGGGGUGAAAUGCACGGUAUAAUUGGGUUUUUCUCUGCUAGAUUAUACAACGAUACAAUUUUGUCAACUUUACCUGAUGAUUGUGUAUUGGAUACGGUUUCAUUGCAAAGGGACGAAAUUUCUAGUGACGCUUCAUUUCAAAGGAAGAUAGAUCAAAUACAGAUAACAGAUUCGUUGAAAGGCGCUCAUGGAUCGAAAAAUUUAUCGGAUAAUAAAUUUAAUAAGUCUUUCCAUACUCCAGGACUUUAUUCUUGGUCACCCAUAGUUUUCCCGCUAAGACAACCUUUCCCCAUAGCGGAUGAUACUGAACUAUCAGUCUUUAUGUCACGUAACCAUUCUUUACAAGAAAAAUUGAUAUGGUAUGAGUGGUCAGUCGAAAGUUUUGUGUAUCUUGUUGUGUCAGGAGCAUCAAUGCAAAAACCACCUAUGAAUACACCACCUACAUCUACGAGGAAGCAUUCCGCUCAGCAUCAUCAUCAACAGCAUCGCCCAUCAGGCUCAGGAUCACAACCUAAUUACGAAACAAGGUUCUCAGAAUUAGACGAAAUGGGAUUCAAUAAUACUGAACAAGGGUUUUUACCACAUCACGAAACGGGUUGGCAAAGUGUUAAUGAUAUUCACGGGUUGAGUACAUCUGCAGAUAACGCUGUAGGCCCACCAAUGUUCAACUUAGAUCCUCAAAACGAAACGGAGGAAGAUGAAGAUGAAGAGGUACACGUCAGAGUUAAGACUGGUAUUUCUGCCUUGCACAACAUCAAUGGUAAAUCUUUUUCAAUCCCACUUUGA